GUCAAAACUGUCAUGCUUUUCCGGCGUUCGUUUAAUUUACGAAAAUGAUAAAUAAUAUAAUAUAAUAUUAAGAAUUAAUUAAAUAAUAAUGUUGGACAAUUAAUGCUUGGUUUAAAUUGUACAUAACCAUUUCUUAUAAUGGCGAACGGACCGAUAGCUGAAAGAAAUAGAGACGCUACGAUAUACGUCGGUGGUUUAGACGAUAAAGUAUCAGAAUCCUUACUAUGGGAACUCUUCGUACAAGCGGGGCCAUUAGUGAACGUACAUAUGCCCAAAGAUCGCGUCACCAUGAUGCACCAGGGCUACGGUUUCGUCGAAUUCAUGGGCGAAGAGGACGCCGAUUACGCUAUAAAAAUAAUGAACAUGAUAAAAUUGUACGGGAAACCCAUAAGAGUCAACAAGGCUUCCGCUCACCAAAAGAACUUGGACGUCGGCGCGAACAUUUUCAUAGGGAACUUGGAUCCAGAAGUCGAUGAGAAACUCUUGUACGAUACGUUUUCGGCCUUCGGUGUAAUAUUACAAACGCCCAAGAUAAUGAGAGAUCCGGAGACUGGAAAUUCCAAAGGGUUCGCGUUCAUAAACUUCGCCAGUUUCGAAGCCUCCGAUGCCUCCAUCGAGGCGAUGAACGGCCAGUACCUUUGCAAUCGACCGAUAUCCGUCUCUUACGCGUUCAAGAAGGAUUCCAAGGGCGAGAGACACGGCUCGGCGGCCGAGCGAUUAUUGGCCGCCCAGAAUCCAUUAUCGCAGGCCGACAGGCCCCAUCAGUUGUUCGCAGACGCCCCACCGAUAGGAAUGAUGCCGAUGAGCAUGGCGCCGCCACCUCCGCCUCUAAUCACCGGCAUGAUGCCGCCCCCACCGCCUACGCCGGGCGGAAUGCCGCCGCCUCCUCCGCCGGUUCCGCCGCCGAGUUCAUUCCCCGCGGGCAUCCCGCCGCCGCCGUUGCCGCCCUCCCAACCGCCGCUGCCGCCGGGCGCGCCGCCCGCGAUGGCGCCGGUGCCGGGCGGCGCCGCCAGACCGCCGCCGCCGCCUCCGUGGGCCGGUGCGGCGGCCAACGUGCCGAUGCCGCCGGGCCCGCCUGCGGCGAACGCUGGCGGCGGCUUCGGGGGAAUGCUACCGCCUCCGCCGCCGCCGGGCGGGAGGCCUUUACCGCCUAAUUGGAGACCGCCGCCUCCGCCGCCGCCGAAUUUCGGCGGUGCCAGGCCGCCUUUCCCGCCGCGGGGGCCGCCUCCUCCGCCGCCGACGUUCGAAGGGUAACUAGUUAAGAAUGGUGUGUGCUUGAGAAGUUCUGCAUUUUUUUAUCGGAACUUAUUAGAUUAACGAUAAUUUUUGUAAUAUUAAAUAUAAUUA